CUUUCCAUUCCUCUCCACACCACUUCUGUUUUGCUUCAUCUUCUAUCUUUUCUUUGCAAUAAUGGCUAAGAGUUCUCAAAUAUUCCCAAUAUUCAUUCUGAUUGUUCUAUUCAUAAUCCAUGUAGAGAAGUCACAACCCUUGACAUGUCCAGUGCCAUCUGAACUAACAGAUAAGCUUAAUGUCGAUCCUGCCGCCAUUGAAUCAGCUUCUACAGAUUACGGUAACAUAGUCCACGACAAACCAGCAGCUGUUCUUUACCCAUCAUCUGCACAAGAUAUCUCUAGUCUAAUACAAGCCUCUUUCAAUUGUUCUACCCCUUUUGGUAUAGCUGCUAGAGGCAAUGGCCAUUCUACGCGUGGUCAGGGAAUGGCUUAUAAUGGAGUGGUAAUCGACAUGAAUGUUUUGAGGGACAAUAGAAAUGGGACUGGGAUUAAUAUUUCUAAAGACCCUUUAUAUGUUGAUGUUGGAGGUGAGCAGCUGUGGGUUGAUGUGCUAAAUGCAACAGUGACUGAAGAUGUUGCACCUGUUUCAUGGACUGACUUCUUGGGUCUAACUGUUGGCGGCACUCUUUCUAAUGCUGGAAUUAGUGGCCAAACGUUUAGGUUUGGUCCUCAGAUCAGCAAUGUUCAUGAAAUGGAUGUUAUUACAGGAAAAGGAGAGUUUGUGACCUGCUCUGCAAACAAUAAUUCUGAGCUGUUCUAUGCUGUUUUGGGCGGUUUAGGCCAAUUUGGAAUUAUAACCAGAGCACGGAUUUCCUUAGGCCCCGCUUUCAAAAGGGCGGUAUGGGCACAAAUACUGUACAGCAAUUUCUCAGCUUUCACAAGGGACCAAGAACGUUUUAUUGCAGGCCAUGCAAAGAAAGAAGGAAAUGCGAUCAGUUACCUGGAAGGUGCACUUCUAUUGGACAAUGGUACCCCCAAUACUUGGAGAACUUCAUUUUUCCCAAAAUCUGACAUCCCAAGAAUUACAUCCUUAAUAAAACAACACGGCAUCCUCUACAGUCUUGAAAUUGCUAACAGCUUUGAUGAACUCACCAAUAAAGCUGUACAGGAGGAAAUGAAGGAUUUUAUUAAAGCACUUAGCUCCAAACCUGACUACAUCUACCAUACAAAUGUCUCUUAUUUAGAGUUCUUAAAUAGAGUUCAAAUCCCAGAUGAGCAAUCCCAAGCACAUCCAUGGCUAAAUCUCUUCAUACCAAAAUCGAACAUUUCAGACUUCAAUUCAGGCGUCUUCAGGGAUAUUGUUCUUCAACGUAAUAUCACUACAGGACCUGUCCUUUUCUACCCCAUGAUGCGAAACAAGUGGGAUAAUAGAAUGUCUGUAGCCAUACCAGAUGAAGACAUUUUCUACACUGCAGCACUAUUAUAUUCGAGUGGGCUUAAUGAAUGGCAAGUGUAUGAUGAUCAAAACAAGGAAAUUUUAGAAUUUUGUGAUAAAGCUGGUAUUCAGGGCAAGCAGUAUCUUCCAAAUUAUGCAACCAAAGAAGAAUGGACUAAACAAUUUGGCUCCAAUUGGACAACUUUUGAGCAAAGGAAAGCUUUGUUUGAUCCCAAAAUGAUCCUGUCACCAGGGCAAAGAAUAUUCAACACUAAUUAAUUAAUGUUUAAUUGUCUCUAGUGCUAGUACGAUUAUAUACUGAUAGAAAUAAAUUCUGGUUCCGUUUCUGUUU